GCUGAGACCACAUUUCCCGGAAGGCACUGCGCAGGCUGACACCGGAAGUCUUCUAGUUUCGCGUUGGAAAAAAGUUCUCAUGGUUGUUUUCACGCCAGUUUAGAAAAAAACUUGUGUGUCGGUUGUUUGUCGACUCUCGUGUGGUUGAGUUAGAAGACGCUGCAGGAAACACUACACCGGGAAUCAGCCGCCAACGAUACGAGAAGGGACUAGAACCUCCAGAAGGAUGAGGGGUCAACCAGGUCCAGUUCAGAUCGUCACAGUGUCUAAGGACGACCACUCGUUUGAGUUGGACACAGAGGCUCUGGCUCAGAUUCUGUUGGCUCCAGAGGUGCGAGACAAACAUGUGGUGGUGCUGUCGGUGGCCGGAGCCUUCAGAAAAGGAAAGAGCUUCCUGCUGGACUUCAUGAUCCGUUACAUGUACAGGAAGGGGGAAGACAAAUGGCUGGGUGAGGAUGAUGAGCCACUGACUGGAUUUUCCUGGAGAGGUGGAUCAGAACCAGAGACAACUGGCAUCCAGCUGUGGAGUGAAGUUUUCAUCAUCCCAAAGAGCGACGGAACAGAGGUGGCAGUGCUGUUGAUGGACACUCAGGGAGCAUUUGAUGAUCAGUCCACAGUGAAGGACUGUGCCACCAUCUUUGCCCUCAGCACCAUGACCAGCUCAAUACAGAUCUACAACCUGUCACAGAACAUUCAAGAGGACGACCUGCAGCAGCUACAGCUGUUCACGGAGUACGGUCGUCUUGCUUUGGAUGAAAUCUUUCAGAAACCCUUUCAGUCACUGAUGUUUCUAAUCAGGGACUGGAGUUUUCCCUAUGAAUACACCUACGGGUUUAAAGGGGGCAACGAGUUCCUGGAUAAACGUUUGCAGGUUAAGGAGGCCCAACACGAGGAGCUGCAAACAGUGAGGGAUCACAUACAUUCAUGCUUCACCAAAAUUUCCUGCUUCUUGUUGCCUCACCCUGGCUUGAAGGUUGCCACCAGCCCCACAUUUGAGGGACAACUUUGCGACGUGGCGCCAGAGUUCAGAGAGCAGCUGAAGAAUCUGAUUCCUAAACUGCUGCAUCCAGAUCGUCUGGCUGAGAAAGAGAUAAACGGAAACAAGGUCACCUGCAUGGGCCUGCUCGAGUUCUUCAAGGCUUACAUCAAGAUAUACCAGGGUGAAGAUUUACCACAGCCAAAGACGAUGCUCAUGGCGACAGCAGAGGCCAACAACCUGGCAGCUGUAGCCACAGCCAAAGAACAGUAUUACAAGAGCAUGGAGAAGGUGUGUGGGGGAGACCUGCCCUACAUGGCUCCUGAGCCUCUGGAGGAAAAGCAUCUCUUUAACUUGCGAGAGGCUCUUCACUCCUUCUCAUCCACUAAGAAAAUGGGCGGACAGGAGUUCUGUGAUCAAUACCAGGCGCAGCUUGAAAAUGAGCUGGAGCAAAUGUGGCAGUCUUACUGCAAACAAAAUGAGUCAAAAAAUCUCUUCAGUGCCUUCCGGACGCCUGCAGUGCUGUUUGUCCUGGUGUGCCUCCUCUACGUGGUGUCGGGUGUGUUACUCUUUGUUGGCCUGUCUACCUUCGCCUUGGUGUGUGACUGUACUCUGGGCGUGGUCAUGAUGUCCAUGCUGACGUGGGCCUUCAUCCGCUACUCUGGUCGGUACCGGAAUGUGGGCGGAACCAUCGACCAGGCUGCAGGUGUUGUUCUGGAGCAGGCGACCAUGGUAUUGAACAAGACGAGGGGGAUGAGUCCUGUCGAUGCGAAGAAAUCCAGAUAGAAGACCUCUGCACCCUCAUGAUUUCGAUGCAAUGCCACCAGCACACGACACAAGCGCACGCAUUCAACAGUAAAGCCUUAUCAUUCCACCCACUGUAACAAACAUGCAGCUAAAGCACAUCGGCACAGGGUUCAGAUAUGAUGCCAAUACACCAGCAUCUCUAUUAUGCAGAAUUGCUCAUAGAAUGGUGACUGGAUUCACUGAGGGAGGCGGGUCAUUGUUCCAGUUUCUUAACAGACGAGUCAAUGUUUACUUUGAAAACUAAAGAAAGACACUUAAUUCAGCUGAACACGUCUUACAUGGCUGUAUGUUGUUCAGACAGGGGUCGACUACACGGGCCCAGACGUGUCACACUAGCACAUUAACAGAAAACAUGAAAGCAAAAGUGACAACACAACUACAAAAGUCACACAUGGAAACACAAUCACAACAAAGGUGAAUGCAGCAGAGUUACAAGUCAGUUGCCACUUAAAAUGCGAUGCUUAUCGGUCACUCAAAUAAACAAGCGUCACAAGUAGUGACUGGCUUGACCGGGUUUUCACACACGAGAGCUUACUCGGCCACAACAAGAAAAAAAGAUUUAACCGGAAAGUUACUCUGCUUGUUUCAUUGUCAACAUGUCCGUUGUCACUGAUUGUGUUUCCGUCAGGUGUCUCAGGUAUGGUUGUUUCCUGUUGAAGUGCCUGCAUGACACCUCUCAGCCACCGUAGUCGUCAGGGUGCUUCUCAAACAAAGCUUUUGCAUUAUAUCUUUAAAUAAGAAUCUUUACAAAUGCUGGCUUUAAAGCUUCUACAUUUAUACUUUUUUUUUUUAUGCUAUAUUUUUUUCUCUUAUUGGCCAUAAGACAUUCCAUUCAGUUUAUAGAGUUGCAGCUUGUUUGAUAUAAAUUAGCAUUAAGAGACAGGUGAACUGUCGCUAUGUAGAGAGGGAAGAGGUUACGCACUUUGUAUUUAGCAUAGCAGAUUUUGGACGCUGCACGUUUUGGGGAAUUCAGUUUGAGUUAAGUGCUUUGCUGUUUCCUCUUUGAUGGAAACAUGCACUUUGUAGAUUUUGAUACUUUAUUCUAGAUUCUACUUUUAAAAAACUAUAUAGGAACUAAUAUUCUGCAAAACAAAAUAAAUAAGACACUAAUGUAAUAUUCAAAGGUGUUGAUCGCCCAAUACAACCAGUCCGCCAAAGAAAGGAGAGCUUUAAAUGUUUAAAUUAAAAUACUGGGGCCUCAAAUUGCACUGAUAACAAUGAACACAGUUGAAGAACACUUUGUGACAUUUUGUCAAACACUACAAGUGUUGAACAUCCAUGUUACAAAUAACAAGCAGAAUAUAAAAAUAGAACAAAACAUAAACAAGCAGCGGAGCAUUCCUGUAAAUGAGACUGUGUGGAGUCCUCCAUACACAGCCGUUUGUAUGUCUGCUGUAAAAAAUCUUUCCUUAGCGGCCUGUGCUGUCAGCUCCAGCGUGACAAAACACUGUGAUGUAUGAAGUUCACAUCGUUGAUCUGGCCUCAGGUAAAUGGGAUAUUUCAACUAUUUCUAAACUUUUUCGGGCUGAAACUUGUUUUCAGUAAUAAAAAAAAAAGCUGAAGCCAUCGCACGCUCAGGUCAAAGCUCUGCUCCAAGCGGCUGACAGGAAAAGUUACGCAACAGUUAAUCAAAGCAUAUUACAGGAGAGGAAGAAAAAUGAGAGUUGGAUGACUUUGUUUCUGAGUUAGUUGUUUACAUGCAGCCUUAUAACUAAUCGGUCAAAAACGCAGUCAUGCAGAGAAUUAAGAAGGUCGACU